AUGGACCCGGUACUGGGAUUGCAACUCCAAAAGCCUCCGAGGUUCAGAACGAGGAGAUCACUGCGCCUGCGCCCGACAACAUGGAUGCGAUGGCUUGGAUAUUUGGCUCUUGUGAUGACUGUUCUUGAAACAUACUCAUACCUCUCUGUUCAUCCGGAGCUCUCGCUUCUGUGUGCGUUGGUCUCGUAUCAAAAGCCAGGAAUCCUUCGUCCUGGCCAAUAUCGUGAUCCUGAUGGGAUCGAAUACGUCUUUGUCCCGGGAGAGACAGAAGUCGAAGAUCGACGAGAAGUGGAUGAUAUGGGCUUCGUGCAUGCAAGAAGUCGCAAAUGGAAGAAGGAGAACGAGGGAGUUUUUCAGCCCUGCCUAGGCCCAAGAGGCCGAGAUCUUGAUCGAACCCGCUUGGAGGACAUGAUGCUCGUUUACAAAGGGAACCAGAUUGGAUUUCCUGAGUCUCAAUUCGGUUCUUUCGAGGCCAUGGAUCUCGAUGGGAACGUUUGUACUGAUCGAUACUCUCGCUUUGGAGCCUACGGAUAUGAUGAAAUGAGCGAAGAAGAUGUCCCUGGGUUUACCCGUCCUCCUCAAGUCCCUUGGUCUGAGGUGGAUUGGCACGAGCUACAAUCCCUCUGCUUUGAGAGAAAUGUCGACCGAUAUCGUCCAGGAUCGGCGACGACUCAAACUCAAGAACGACCUCUUUCGUUUGAGCUGAGACGGCCUCCACAGAAGACAUAUGACUCGUACGAUACCCCUUUGCCUGGCCAGAAGCGUUAUCAUAAUAGGUCGGCUUUACUUAUCCGAUCAUGGCAUACUAUGACCUGGACCGAGAAUCAUCGUCAAUAUCUUCGAGCUUUAAUCAUGGAGCUUUCUCUGCAUUCUGGGGGGGAGUAUGAAGUCUUCCUUCUAGUCCAUGUGAAGGAUGACGACCUCCCUAUCUUCUCCGAUACAAAGACGAUGAACCGACUCCGAAAUUCUAUUCCGGCAGAGUUUCGCAGCAUGGCUCUCUUCUUCAAUAACAAGCUACUUGAGGCGUGGUAUCCAAAGAUUGCCGAGCACAGCCCCAUUUUGCAGCACCAUCAGCCAUUGGAGAUAUUCUCCCAAUUAUACCCCAACUUUGAUUUCUAUUGGCAGCUAGAAAUGGACGGCCGGCAUACCGGACAUGUCUAUCACUUCCUGGAUAAAGUGGUAUCAUUUGCGAGAAAACAGCCGCGAAAGUACCUAUGGGAGCGCAAUGCCUAUUUCUACACCCCAGGCGAACAUGGAACGUGGGACCAGUUUACUCGAAUGGUCGAUGAGAGUCUUGCAGAAGUAUCCGACAAUACAGUCUGGGGGCCAAUAUUUGGUACUGGAAUUCGAUCACUCGGUCCGAGUCCGGCGACUGCACGCCCGAAAAAUGACAACUAUACCUGGGGCGUGGGCGAAGAAGCAGACAUGAUAACCUUUUUGCCAAUUUUCAACCCGAAAGACACGGCGUGGACCUUUCCGGAUAUCAUUUGGAACUUCAGGUAUGGUAUCGACACUCCACGACGGGCAGCUGUUAUUACGAUGGGUCGGUAUUCAAAACGUUUACUUGAUUUGAUCCAUAAUGCACAAGCGGCAAAGGGAUUGGGCCUUGCAUCGGAAAUGACUGGCGCAUCAUGGGCUAUGUAUCAUGGGUUGAAAGCAGUGCACGUUCCACAUCCAAUCUAUGCGGACGGUCAAUGGACCUCUGAAGAGCUCGCACGCAUCUACAAUAGAGGGGUGCCGGAGAAUAUAAAUGGUGGUCCGGAUAGUAUCUGGAACUUUGAUCAUAUAUAUGAUCACAUCAUGUACCGACUUUCGUAUAUGUUCACCACACAUACCGCGGAGGACAUGUUUAGGAGGUGGAUGGGGUUUCGAACCGCAGCUAAUGAAGGUGGAAAGAGGAGGUUCGCUAUGGUCGGCAUUGUUUUCCAUCUAUGUUUCUCCACACCGUAA